GGCGCGUUGCCAACACUGAAGACGAUGGCUUGGUUAUUGAAGGCGGUGCCGCUAUGUUGUUUUUUCUUAAGAAAUGCACCAAUUGUAUAAACGAAUUGUGAACGCGAUAGUUUAUGGGAAAGGAACCACAAAAGCGGCUUGCAGACGUUAAACAGGAGAACAAGUGGAAAUACUUAAUGAAGAUAUUUAGAAGUUUACGCAUGCAAACAGCGCUGAGGAAAAACUAAGAAUUCGACGUAUGCAUUCGUAUGACACCGACUACACAUGGUUAUCUUUAUUAUGCUGCUAAUAAUUAACAACUUUAAGGUUUCCUCUAGUGCUCUCUUUCAAGAUGUCAGUUUCGAUUCUGAUUUUGAUCCUCCCAUCUCUGGGAGAGAAUAUAAAAGCCAUGUUGGGACCAUCUCCGCGAUCACACAACUUCUACAAUAUUUACACUGACUCAAGAUGAGUAUGGAGAAUGAUAAAGUUUUGAGAACAAAACUUGACCAGCUUGAAUGUCACUUCACCUGGGCUCUGAAAAAAGAUGAUAUGGAUCUUAAUAGGCUGGAUGAACAGUUUAAGUUGGAUGUUGAGAAAAAAGAAAAUCCCACACAAAUUUACAAUGCUUUAGCAUAUGUAAAGUUCCUUCAGGGGUUUCAAGAAGAGGCACUUAGCAAUCUCAUGACAUCAUUGAAGCUUUACAAAGAGUGCCAUGAAGAGGAAUUCAACAAAUCUCUCAUUGUCACCUAUGGAAACCUUGCCUGGAUAAACUACCACAUGAAGAACUACACAGAGUGUGAAAGUUACCUGCAGAAAGUCCUGAAGAUAAAUGAAAACAUGUCAUCUGAGUCCUCGUCUGUUCCAGAGGUGCUUGGCGAGAAGGGAUGGACCUUUCGUAGAUUUUCUUUCAAGUAUUAUGAAAAAUCCAAAGAAUGUUUUAAGAAGGCUUUAGAUCUGGAACCAGAAGUUGGUAAGUGGAACGCCGGUUAUGCCAUCGCUCUGUAUCGAACAGAAUAUGGAGAAUUCACUAUUGAGAAUUCACCAGUAAUCAAGCAACUGAGACGAGCCAUUGAAACAAAUCCUGAUGAUGAUGUUCUUAAGGUCCUCUUGGCUUUGCGACUGGUUAUGUACAAGAGCUAUGAAGAGGCUGAAAGAUUGGUGGAAGCGGCUUUAGAAAGAUCUCCAGAUCACCCACAUGUCUUGAGAUAUGCUGGACAAUUCUUUAAUAAUAAAGGAUCUAUGGACCGAGCUAUUGCUCUAUUGAAAAACGCACUUGAACUGUCGCCUAAUACAAGUUUCAUACAUCAUCAGUUAGCUCUCUGCUAUAAAAUGAAGAAAAUCCAACUGCUGCAGAAGGGAAAUCAUCAUGUCAGAGGACCUGAGGUUCAACAGAUUCGUGAUCAGAUCAUCUACCAUUUAGAAAUGGCUACCACCCAUGCAACCGGCUUUAUCAAAGCUAUGAGUGAUCUAGCACUGCAUUACGGAGAACAACACGAUGUUUCACGAGCCGAAGAGAUGUUUCAGAUGACGUUUGAGACAGCCAAAGAGAAAAAUGAUAAUCUUCAUGUGGUUCAUUUUCAUUACGCUGAAUUCCAGUUCCACUGCAAAAGAGAUGAAGUUUUAGCUAUCAAACACUACAUGGAAUGCCGGAAGAUGAACCCAGGUUCAUAUGAAGGGAAGAGAAGUGAAAACAACUUAAAAAGGAUUGCAGAGAAGCGCAUAAAUAAAAACACACAGGACGGGGAGGCUUAUGGGAUACUAGGAUUCAUUCACAAAGAGAAAGGAGAGAAGACCCAAGCCAUUGAGUGCUAUGAGAAAGCUUUGAGUUAUGGAGAAAAUGAUGAGUACCUCACCAAUCUUUGUGCUCUCAGGCUGUCCAUUUAAAGUUAUGACAUUCUAUAUGUUUACAAAAUCAAUGCAUAAUAACAUAUCAUCAUGUAAUGCACUAAUUAUUUAUGAAAAAUGUCAGACAGCAUUAGUAUUUAAUUCAAAAAUGAAUUUUCAUUGUUACGUCUCAGUUCUCUCAUGUCUUCAAGUAUUUUUCUGUAUGUCAGAAGUUAAAAUGUGCCUUUCAAAGUAUUUAAAGAUUAUAAAUUGUAUUUAAAAGGCACGUGAUAAAGAUAUUCAGAACGUUUAAACAGUUUAUAACAGAAAUAAAAAACAAGGACAGUACAUAUUUUGUGUACUAUCUAUUCCUUGUAAUCAAAAUGUUUAUCACUUAUGUUUGACGAAUAGAUCAAUGCUAAAUGGAUAAAAAAACGAUAAGUUAUGUCUGGGGAUGAGUCUGUAUGGGAAGUCUGUAUGAUUUUAACACACCAGUAUACAUGUAUGUGCUCUGAUGUACACAAAGAAAUAUGUUUGGGAAAAUGUUAGCAACUGACAUUUCUAGGACAUUAUUGAGUACCAUAGCAGGAAAAAUUAUGAAAUCAAUCUUUGUUCCAUCUAAUAAAUUUGAUAUUUUGAAGGAUUUGGGAAAGCAAACAGUUCUAGGGCACCUUCGACUACCAUUUUAUUUUUCCUAUGGUAGUUAAUGACGUACCAGAAAUGUAAGUUUCCAAAAAUCUUCAUUUGUGUUCAUCAGAACAAAUGAAUCUAUACAGGUUUGGAAAAAAAUUAGGGAUGAGUAAAUGAUGACAUCAUUUUAAUUUUUGGGUGAACUAUCCCUUUAAAACAGACAGCUCUUGCCUUUUGUUGGCCAAGCCGAAUGUUAACAUCACACUGGUUCUGUAAAGCACUGCUCUGAGGCUCAAGACUGAGAACCCCAAUGACAAGUUAUCUCCUCUAUUAAGAGACAACUCUUCCCUACGAAAAAAUGUCAUUUUAGAACAGUAGUGUAUGCAUUCAUUAGCAGUAGAUACUAUGAAUCUAUAAAAUGCUGGCGGGGAAAUAGUUAAACAUAAACCACUGUUACCAUUUUUCUUUUUUAUAGUUAUCAUUAAUAGUGUGAACAGCUCUUAAUCUGAUUUGUUUAAGGUCAUAAAAUAAAUAAAUCUUUAUCGAAUGAAAGAAAGUACUUUUUUUAUU